AUGAAGACAUUAGAAUCAAUUGGUCCCUUAUCGAAUUUGACAACAUUCAACUGCAAUACAUCAUGCUCAAAUACAACAGAAGUACCUGAAAUAUUCGGAAAAACCAUUUAUGACGACGUACUUCUCGGUUUAGAAUAUAUAGAUGUUUUCUUGUUGCCAACCUGUCUUAUCCUCGGAGUUGGUGGAAACUUUAUCACCUUGAUCGUAUUGAACAACAAAACCUUCUCUAACUGGACGUCGAAAUACUUCCUCGUGGCUCUGUCAUUAUCAGAUAAUCUACUUCUUCUUACUCAACCAUUCAACAAACCAGUCGUGUUGAAUUUGUUCGGCAGAGAUUACCGUGCACUUUCGAAAGUAGGUUGUAAGCUUUACUUCUGGUUCUUUAAAAACGGUAAAAUGACGUCAUCUUGGUUUGUUGUAUUACUUUGUGCUGAGCGUUUCGUUGCCGUGAAAUAUCCAUUCAGAGUUAAAACCUUAUUUUGCAAACGGAAUGGUUUAAUAGCCAUUGCUGCAGUUUACAUAGUACAAGGAGUGUACAAUGGAGCAUGGUCAUGGGCUCAUAAUAUUCUUGAAGAUGGUCGAUGUUAUCCUGAUGGAUUUGAUAAAAACGACCCGGAAGCUGCCAUUUUAUUUCGGAACAUGUUGAUAGUAGGUUGCUGCCUUUAUUCAUUUGUUCCAAUUGUCAUAAUGGUAACACUUACACCUAUGAUAAUUGCAUCUCUUCAGAGGAGAGCGAAAAAAAGACAGGAAAUGACACGCAAUCAAGGAAAAGAUAUCGAAAUUGUCAAGAUCACAACUAUGUUGCUAUCAAUCGUAAUUACAUACAUAGUAUGCGUUGCACCAGUUACACUGUUGCACUUACUUUCGUUUUUCCAGGGCGUCAAAUCAUUUGGAAACAACCCGAAACCAUUCCUUAUCUUCAGAAACGUUUCGCAGAUUCUAGAGCAACUGAACUACACUAUCAACUUUUUUGUUUACGUCGUUGCGAACCGCAGAUUCCGAGGAGGUGUUGUUAAGCUGUUUGAGUGUAAGAAAUUAUCACGCAGUGGAUCUACAUUUAAUUCGACCUCAAGUCUAUCGAAAGGGCGGGUGUCGACAAUAUCUAGGCCACACCGAUCAGUUACAUCAGAUUACGUCACUUCCGGUAGCAUUAAAAAACCUAAUGAUAAUAGUGGAUGAUGAUAAUCAUUUAUGU